AUGGACACAUAUCCCGCUCCAGAAGUGGAUGACACGGAUGAGACGUUACCUGGGUCUCUAUUGUGUAAACUAGGGUUCUCCAGUGUCGUAACAGUCAUCGACGACAUGGACGACGAAGUGACGGCAGACGUGAAGGAUUUGAUGGACUAUAUGCUAGAAUUGGUGUCGUCUGCCGUCCCACAGAGCGCUCCCAAAGUGGUAAUGAAUGGAUCCGUUGGAGACACGGCUGACGAUGACGUGGAGAUCGAGAUAAUCGAAGUGCAGAAGGAGGAGAAAGAGGUGGAAGUGAUCGACUUGACGGACACUCAAGAGGACACUCAGGAGAAUAUAUGUCUGGUUUGCGGACAAAACAGAGAAAUCAAAUAUAAGGUCAGAAUUAACGAUAAGAUACAGAACUGUUGUUCAAUGGCUUGCGUCGAGACGUUGAAGACACUCGACAGCUGUUCCAACUGCUUGAGGAUUAUCAGUAUAGGAGAGCAGGGCUUUAGUUCGAACUUCGGAGGGAACGCCUCUCUCUGUAGCGAAGACUGUCUGCUGAAGAACGACGUGGAGAAGCAGCCGAACACCAAUUGCUUCACUUGUCGGCGAGUGUUAGUCAAAGACAAAGUGAUAUACUAUUGGCAGACAAUGGAGUUCUGUUCGGCCGCUUGCGUGCAGUCGCGACAACUCAUCUUCGGCUCGAAGUGCGCGCAAUGCCAGACAUCAGUGAAUCGGCAAUCAUUGGGCAAGUAUUCGGUCCGUUUCGGUGAUAUCAUCAAACAGUUCUGCAUCGGUUCGUGUCUCGAGACGUUCAAGAAGUCGCUGAAAGUGUGCGCCUUCUGUCAGAAAGACCUCAAGUGUUGCGUUACGAUAUGUAUCGCUUCGUUCGGCUUCGGAGAGAAGAUGCGGUUAAGAGAGUUCUGCGACCAGAUCUGCAAAUCUCAGUACGAGUUUAUGCUGAACGCCCGCUCCGGCACUCCUUCGACGUGCGUCCAGUGCCGCGGCAGCGCCGACACCAAGAAUGUCAUUGAAUUCAAGUAUAACAACCAAAAGCAUUCGUUGUGUUCAUCCACUUGUUUGGCGGGAUUCAAGUACACCAACCAAUUGAAAGCCAUUUUCUGCGAGAACUGCCAUAAGUACGGCUGGACUACCAGUCAAAGCAAAACCAUUCUUCAUGUGCUCCACUUCUCGGGCAUCACCCGUGUCUUCUGCACCAAGAAGUGUAUGUCGAUGUAUGUCCUCAAGAAUCGCAAAAUAGUUGCCUGUCUUUGCUGUAAAGUCAAGAAAUAUAACUUCGAUCUAAUCGAGCGCUACGAUUGGUCUCAGAGUGAGUCCCGACUCUUCUGUUCACUCAAUUGUCUCACACUCUUCGAUGUGGCCGAAGAGGAAAAGUCACGACACGCGCACUACACCACCGCAAAGAUGGUCUGCAAACAGUGCAACUCUUACGGCAGUCCUCUCUUCUUCUUAAGAGACGGCAGUUUUGUUCGCAACUUCUGUUCGUAUCAAUGCGUCUUCAACUAUCAGCGACAAUAUCUUCCGCAGUCUCUCAUUGCCUCCAAUGAUCCCACUCUUCUCAAUGAGAGUCCAGUCGAUUCCGACACUAACGCCACCGCAUUGUCAGCGCCGACCACAAUGUGGACGCCAUCCUUCUUUAACCAACAGAAGCCCGCCUCACAGUCUGCGACACAAUCACCACAAAUCAGACCCAAUAUAUUGGCGCAGAACAGGACCGCAAACAUAUCGCCUUUGGUCGCCGCUCUCAAUAAAAACAUGUCUCCAUCUCUACCUCCGGUCACAAACAGCACCACAAAUAUGGCGCCCCUCUCCUCCACAACUGAGACAAUAAACGUGACCACAAGUCAAGUGAAUGGCACGACAACUGGUUCUCAAACUAUAAUCAAAGAGAUAAUCAAAGAGACGAAGGAAGUGGUAGUGAAGGUUCCCGAAGCAAAAGUGGUUCGAAACAAAUGCACUCAAUUUCGGCCCCACUAUCAGACUAAAGCCACGUCUUGUCGACCCUUUCAUGUGGACCAACAAACACAGACAGACCCGAUGCCGAAGACUGUUUGUCCUCUUUUGCUCCCCAUUCCAGUCUUUGUUCCCAUUCCAGUCUCAUAUAUGCAGCCAUUGGCCGUCCCUUUACCUCUUCCGAUUCCUUUCUUUAUAUCUCCCGAACCCCCGCCUCCUCCUCCGCAACCGUUACAACCAUUAGAACCGAUAGAACCCGACCCUCCUUCAGAAGAGUCGGUGGAACUACCAAACGGUGGCUUCAAUCUAACGGAUCAACAAUUUGGAGAACUAAAAGAGUUUCACGAGCUUGUGUUUCAAACACAACUCGACUACACAUUAGAUCUUCAACAACAAGAGUACGCUUUGGGGGCACCGGUCGAGGCAGUGACCACUCCCAGAGGAGGUCGUGGACGGGGACGGGGACGGGGCAGAGGACAGGCCACCAGCUCUGGCCGCGGCCGUGGCGGAGGCGGUCGUCGUAAAAAAGAAGCCGAAGAAACCGUUUCGGACGACAACAGUACCGUUGAGAGUGAGUUGUCCACCAAUACGCCAAACGCCGAGAACGUAAUAUUGCUGUGUCUCGACCUUCAGAAACAUUUGGCUCAAAACAAUCGUUUGGAUAACAUAUUUAUGGACCCCUCGUACAAACAGUUCAUUCACGCAAUCCAUACGCGUUUAGUUGACUACAACCCGCAGCUCACGUGCAUCCAAGAGGAGCACCUCUGGGAGUGCGGACAACUGGGCGCCCACUCGCCAACAGUGCUCCUCAACACUGUCAUGUUUUUGUCGACCAAAUACUUCCAUAUGGUUCAGUUGGAAGAGCACACGUCCUUCUCAUUCAGUAAUCUUAGCAAACAGUGGGCCAUCGAUGGCACCCAAUGCCUGGUCUUUCAGUCGGGACGCGGACGCAAGAAGAGGACACUCACGCUCUACGAGAACGUCGAGAAUCAACUUCGAUGUCCUGUCAAACUCUUUGAGUUCUAUCUCUCCAAAUGGGUAGCUCCCGACACAAGGGCUGUCAUACUGGACCAUAAGUAG